AUGACAGGGGCGUUUGAGGCUACCAAAGCUGCGCUUGCCAACGCCACCUUGCUGGGGCAUCCGUCUGCCACAGCCCCAGUGGCUCUCACAACAGACGCCUCGGAUUACGCGGCAAGAAGCUCCGCGACAAUGAGAGGGCGACAGUUUACGGCGUUCGUUGACCACAAGCCGCUGACAUUUGCCAUGGCCAAGUCAACAGAGCCGUGGUCGGGUCGGCAACAACGUCAACUGUCUGCGACCUCGGAGUACACCACCGACAUUCAACACGUGGCGGGGAGAGAGAAUGUGGUCGCGGACUGCCUUUCUAGGGCAGUGGCAGGGUCUGUCCACCUGGGCCUGGACUACGCAGAGAUGGCAGCGGACCAAGUCGCGGACCCUGAGGUCCAAAGUUACCGAACAGCCCCCACAGCUCUCCGUGUGCAAGAGGUAGUGUUUGAGGAUGCCAAUGCUACGCUGCUCUGCGACGUCUCAAUGGGCAAACCUCGCACUUUGGUGCCUGAGACCUGGAGGCGCAGGGUUUUCAACACCAUCCAUAGCCUUUCUCACCCGGGGGUGAAGGCCUAUGCCAAGCUGGUGGGGGCCAAGUUCGUCUGGCCUGAUCUUUGCAAAGCUGUCAGGGCUUGGGCUGCCUCUUGUAUAGCAUGCCAGCGCGACAAGGUCACACGCCACACAAAUGCUCCUUUGGCACCCUUUGUGGUGCUGGAGAGGCGUUUCGACCAUGUCAAUGUGGACCUGGUAGGCCCCUUUCCACCCUCGCGUGGUUGCUCCUACCUCCUCACCAUGGUGGACAGAACCACACGGUGGCCCGAAGCCAUACCUCUGUCUUCAACAACAUCGGCUGAGGUAGCCCGGGCGUUUAUAGCAUCUUGGGUGAGCUGUUUUGGCACGCCGUCCGACCUCUCCUCAGACCGAGGUCCGCAGCUCACCUCAGAGCUUUGGACUGCGGUUGCCAAAGGCCUGGGAUUGAAGGUCCACCGGACCACAGCAUACAACCCACAAAGCAAUGGAAAGCUGCUCUCAAAGCCAGUCUGA